UCCUUUCUUUUACAGAUGUUACAGUAGAUCAACCUCCCUCCUUCAUUCCACAGUUGGUGAACUCCCAACAGGAUAAAAAUGAACCAUUUCUCACCAGGACCACUUUUGGACCUCAAGUCAUCCUCAGUAAGACCUCAGAUGUUACAGUAGAUCAACCUCCCUCCUUCAUUCCACUUUUGGUGAACUCCCAACUGGAUAAAAAUGAACCAUUUCUCACCAGGACCACUUUUGGACCUCAAGUCAUCCUCAGUAAGACCUCAGAUGUUACAGUAGAUCAACCUCCUUCUUUCAUUCCACUUUUGGUGAACUCCCAACAGGAUAAAAAUGAACCAUUUCUCACCAUGACCACUUUUGGACCUCAAGUCCUCUCCAGUAAAACCUCAGAUGUUACAGUAGAUCAACCUCCUUCUUUCAUUCCACUUUUGGUGAACUCCCAACAUGAUAAAAAUGAACCAUUUCUCACCAGGACCACUUUUGGACCUCAAGUCCUCUCCAGUAAAAUCUCAGGACAGAAGACCAGUGUGAAGAGGUGUUUAUGUCUUGGUCCCCGCCUGAACACGGUUCGUCUGCAGCGUGUCGAGAAGAUUGAAGUCUUUCCUGCUAGUCCUUUAUGUGACACUUUGGAAAUAAUUGUAACAUUGAAGAAUAUUGGAGGAAAAAGAUGCCUGAACCCAGAAUCAAAGUUCGCACAGAACUACAUCAAGAAAUCUGUUGAAGAGAGAAGUACUCAGUAAACCAUGUAGCAGUCCAUCGGUGAAGAUAAAAAAAAUGAUGAUUACAAGAACAUCAGUUUCAAAAUCCUGCAGUGACAGUGUGCCUCUGCUACUAUAUUUCAGAUUUAAAAAUCUACACUGUAAGCCCGGAUAAGUUGAAUGUACUUAAAAAAUUCAAGGAAACGUAAGUAAUGGGGAAGGAAAACUUAAGUUAGCUAAACUUAAAACAUCAAGUUAUUACAACUAAAGGGGAAGUUGAUUUAAGUUUUUUUAUUUUUGUAAUACAUUUAAGUAAUGGGGAAUAAAAACUUGAGCUAGCAUCAAUAUCAAGUGAUUACAACUAAAGGGGCCGUUGAUUUAUUUCUAAGGUAGCCCAGGGGGAAUCACUACACACUGAUGGUGAGUGUUAGUCAGAAACUGUUGGACACACCCAGUAUGCAAAUAGAUUGUGACAGAUUGUUAAUGGCAACGGACUAAACUCAGUUAUUAUAAGUUGCUUCGACUCAAAUAUCUCAGUUUGAAUAGUAGAGAAUAUGUGCCCACAAAUGUUCAACUAACUCAAAAUAGUUGAGUAUUGUUUAGAAAUAUCCAAUUUUAUGUAAAACAGACUUAAAUCAUUUGAGUUCAAACAACGUA